GUGGAGGAUGUCUUCUCUGAUCUUCGCUCUAACUGAUGAGCAAGUUCAGAGGAUCCGCAGCGUCUUCCUCAGCGAGAUGGAACUGGGUCUGACCAAGGAGGGCCAGCAGCAGUCGUCGCUGCUGAUGGAGAACACGUUCCUCCCGGAGCUCCCCAACGGCCACGAGACCGGCGAGUUCUUGGCGCUGGACCUGGGGGGCACCAACUUCCGGGUCAUGUAUCUGCGCUUGGAGGACGGACAGUUCGUCGAAGAGGACGCUCAGAUGUUCGAAGUGGACGAGUCCACCCGGCUGGGGGAGGGCACACGGCUGUUUGACUUUCUGGCCGCCUGCGUGCAUCAGUUCCUGCAGGAGCGUCAUCCCGACGGACGCCAUUUUGAGCUGGGUUUCACCUUCAGCUUCCCGAUGACGCAGAAGUCGUUGGACGUGGGCCUGCUGCAGACGUGGACUAAGUCCUUCAACGCCUCCGGUUGCGUGGGCGAGGACGCCGUCAGAAUGCUGAACGACGCGUUGCAACGGCGAGGGAACGUCAACGUUGACGUGGUGGCCAUCAUGAACGACACCACAGGUACGCUGGUGCAAGGCGCUGCGUUGGAUGCCCGCUGCGCCAUCGGAGUCAUUCUUGGUACCGGCAGCAACGCCGCCUACAUCGAGCGUGUGGACCGGGUCCGGAAAUGGGAGGGCGAACACAACGGUAUCAAGGAGGUAGUGGUCGACAUUGAGUGGGGUGCGUUCGGCGACAACGGUGUGCUAGAUUUUGUCAAGACUGAUGUGGACAAGGCUGUGGACGAACUCUCCCUGCUGGUCCACUCAUUCACGUUCGAGAAGUACUUUGGAGGCAAGUACUUGGGGGAGGUGCUUCGCCAGUGCGUGUUGAAGGCGCACGAGCGGGGCGUCCUGCUGGAGCAGCUGUCGGAGCGGGUGCGGACUGCCGGCGCCUUCACCACCAAACACGUGUCCAUGCUGGAGAAGGACACGAUAGAUGGCACUAUAAGCCACUGCGAGACAGUUCUCGGAGCGCUCGAGCAGUCGUACAGCCCGGCCGAUCUGGUGAUUCUGCGCUACAUCUGCGCAUGCGUCACUGUCCGGGCGUCGGUUCUGAUCUCCGCCUGCCUGUCGGUGCUGCUGCAGAGGCUAGAGCGUGAGGAGUGCAGCAUCGCUGUGGACGGCUCUCUCUUCAAGCUUCACCCCCGGCUCGCCACGCUAAUGGAGAGAGCGAUCGCCACCCUCGCCCCCGGCAGAAAGUUCACCCUGUUUCUGGCCGAAGACGGAAGCGGAAAGGGAGCGGGACUUGUGGCUGCCGUCGCCCGGCGCCUGCGCAGUAGAAACUAGCGCGAGCCCACCAGGUCACUGCGCACGCGCAUUUGACAUGAAACGGAACUAACUAAAGCAGUGUACUUAUGAAGUCAUUGCACAGAUUCGUGUGCUCGCAAACGUCGUCAUGCGCAGGGAACCGACGACGACAGUGCAAAUUCUGAUACAAAUGCACAAUGGAUCUGCCUCGCCUACCGCGAGAGCAAACACACGUGCCAUGUGUUCACGUGCGGCAUUUCUAACCGAAGAAGGAACAGGGAAUUGCUGCGGUCUCUGCCAAUCUCAGCAGGCUUGCAGGGACUAAGAUACCAUUCAAAACAAUUUAGUAAGGAACGACUUUCAGUACAUGUGGAGUUUUCAGCUUUCGUUCGUUGCAACAUCAAAACUAGUAUGACAAUAUUAUAACCCUCUUAAUAUCCUUACACUUUGAGCAUAUUUCGACAUUUUGCAACGCAAUGACUCACGAUCAUGUCUCGUGUGCAGCCAAUGCCGCCUCCUUGCGCGUUUACGCGAUCGCUGCCACCAACAGCACGGGGAAAUGGCCGACACGUUGCGGCGUUUUUCCUCAUAAAAGCGACCUCAAAUCGUGGCAGAAACAGCUAAAGCAAGUAUUUUCAGUUGACUGCGAGCCGCCAGUACUGAGAAACAGCUUUGGAUGCAGCGACAUUUGGUGCCGAUGACACCACAUGGUGCUGAUGUGAUGCCUGUCGAUUGGCUGCUCAAUGUGUGUACUUCAACCGCCCCGAUAUGAGGUCAUCGCCGUUGCGUCGUUUCUAAGAGUUCUGCCAUAGUUUAGCGUCCGCAUUUGAAGGCUACGCGUGCUGUGGUUAUGGGCGGCUGGUGGGAAUGGGGUUAUGGGCGGCUGGUCGGAAUGGGGUAAUGUGCGGCUGGUGGCAGCGGUACUAUGUGGGGUUUACGCGUCGGUGUCCAUAGGAUUACGGACGUUCAUGUUCUUGCUUUUGUAGUUGCAGGGUUUGAGUGACUGUGAUGACGUUCAGCUGACUGUUGUAGCCUCGUUUAGUAGCGAAUAGGGAGGGGGGAGGGGAGGGGCGUAGCCCCUUGGCACCUGAGCGCCAACAUGACUACCGCAGUUGCUGACGCUCCACAAAAGCGUGCGUGGCGACCUUCGCUGCGUUCAGGGCGGUUUAGUUUGGUUCACCAGGCCGUAUUGAGGGAUGUGCGCAAGCUUGUAUUGAAUGCUGAAAUUAGGGACACCCGCCCACAUGGUGCUGGGCUGAAUGACAAGGAAAUGUCGCUAGCGUUUCACUGAAAGUCUGUUGUGUUUUCGUAAUGCAGAAUCUUUGUCGUUUGCGUAUGGUAGUUUUGCUGAUAGUUGUGGUGAACAAGGGCUGACACGAUUACUGUGACCAUUCAAUUUGCAAGGACUGUGCAGGAAGUGCAAUAUUUCACAUCAGCGUCCUUACUUUUGGUAGCGUGUUCCGAUCCAUUGCAGUAAAAGUUUUAAGGUUUUGUAUACACGCGUUGUUUUGAAACGUGUAUCACCGGUGCGGCGCAAAGCACAUAUUUUCUUGGUGAGCAUUUUCUAUCUACAGAAAACUCUUUGUCGAGAGGCAAAUAAUGUGCCAGCAAAAACUCUUCUACUGUUCAGAAAUGCUGCUAUUGCUUUUCUGUUGGAACAUGUUUGCAUUAUCGUAUAGUUAAGGUAUGCCAUGCAGUCGAAAAAGCAGUCACUACCUCCCCGAUGUGGACAAUGCGUCAUCCAUUGUCGUUGUUUGCUAACAAGCUGUAGUAUAUGACAAAUGCAAACUAAACUAACAUGCCUGACAGUACAGCAGUUAGUUUUGUAAAGCAGAACUACACGUGCCGGUGUUUGUACCACAAGGCCUUACAGGCAUGCGGUCUGCGAAUGUAAUUUUACUUUUUCUUUGGAUUUUUCAUUGACGGAAGCCACCAAUCGAUAAGAUUACAACUCUUCCAUGUAACACGUCUACGUAGCAUCCACAACACAGUGUAACUGCGAACUUUAGGUUGAAAAAACAGGCACCAAAGUGGACUGUACAAUGAGACUGUAAUUGUCUGGACCUCGGUUAUGAGUAACUCACCUGUGUUAGGGCGAUUCUUGUACCCUGUUGAUACCGGCACGCAUCGGUGCUGCUCCCACACCUCAUACUUCUGACUUAUAGUGCAAGGUUACGGGUAGGCGGCCGCAUUGUGAUCCGCGUUUCCACGAGUGCUAGACUUGUGUUCGGAUGCUUUUCCGGAAGUGCUACGCAGUCGAGUUAUACACGCGAACAGGGGCAGCCGUGUUUAUUUCGUCCAGUGUCGUGGGUGAUCAAGCACGUUCGUGCCGCCAGUGGUCCACCGACCACAGCAGACGAGUCUUCGUCAUAUCACACAGCAAGUGAAACAUGAGGCAAGAAGCGGAAGUGACCUGCUCACUAGCAGGCCGCCAUUCUCGGGAUCGCACCCUCAUGCGAGGUGUCUGCACGUGUAUCAUGGUUCGGAGCGGAGACGAACCAGCAAAGCAUGCAAAUGCGCGGUUCUAAUACAGCUGAAGGCGUACAGCCAUUGCUACACCCGACUCAUUUUUGGACACGCACCGCAGCCCAACUUUGCAAUCAGGACCUUGCAGAUCAAAUUAGCGCAGUUAUCAAUCAUGUUCAGUUUGUUGGCAGGAACAAGUGAAAGGCAUGACAGCAUGGCGCACAGUGCCUUACAGUGGCGCACAGUGGCGCACAGUUGUCUCACAGUGGCACAUAGUGUCUUGCACUGUCUCAACUCUCCGCAAAACUGCACCCGUGAAAAUGAGACGCCAUACUAAGCCUGUUUAAUACUAGGGUGAUCUUUCUCGAACUUAGGGGCAGGGGCAGGCAGGGGCAGAACAGACAACACCACGUGCAAUAUAUGACACGGGUACUGCUUUAAACGACCAGUACCGCGGCGUAUGGGGCGUCGCUUCUGGUCAACAAAUUUAUAUUUUAAAUUGAUUGAUUUUUUGUUAAAUUUAAAACAAAUGAAAAUUGAAAUUAAACAACAACUUUGAAAACAACUUUGCAACAACACUACGUUUUCGUUCGAUUUUUUUGCAACUAGACAUAUGGUGCAGGGCUGUUUCUGUUCAGGUGUGUGACACCGUCCGUUCGAGCUAUCACGUAAAAUCAUUUGCUUUUCAAUGAUGCCUUGUUUUUGUUAACCACAUAUACAACAUGAAACCAUAUACGACACGAUGCCAGGCCCCAUGUAGGACCGAAAAGUGGGAGGCCGGGAGGCGGGAGGCCGGGAGGCCCGGGUUAUCUGGCCCCGGCAUCAAGCCUCCCAUCCGAGUUGGGAAUAACGUUUCCGCGAAAACCUAUCGCGAAACGUGCGACGCUUACGAGACGAAAGUCAGCGCGCGUUACCGGGGUAAUGUGGGAUCGAAAAACGAGAGACGCGAGGUCUUUGACCCCGGGGUCCGGGGUCCCUGUCCCCGGGG